CUGGUACAGCUACGUGCACGAAUAUGCGUCUGAGGACGCCAUCCAAGGAGCAGGGUGUCCAAGUGCGCAUGCGCGGUCAACGGCGGCCCACCGCAGCCAGGGGGCGUCAACAUGGCGCUGUUAGAUGCUGGCGUCGACGUCGACCUCGCGGACUGACUGACAGAGAGCGAGCGAAAGGUACGCGGCCCAGAAGAGAGAGAGCUCUAGCCCCCCCACCCCACAGCCGUGUGAAGCCGAGCGCGGUACGAGGACGCCCGCGUCGCUUGUGAACGUUCGCGCGCUCUCAGUGUGGUUCCUCCUGCGCGGUGAAUGUGUUUGUCCUCGCCGCCGCCGCCGCCGCCUCCGAGCCUCAGCUUGUAGGGCAGGUGCAGGACACCCGUUCUCGUCCUCUCCUCGGAAGAGAGGGGUGGGAAAAUGUCGAGCGAGAAGCCGCUUUCGGCACCACCGGGCUCGGCUUGCUCGCUGACGGCCACCGACUCCUCCUCCUCCUCCUCUUCACCGCCGCCACUGCCCCUUCCGGGGGAGAGGAUGCCGUCGUCCGCCGCCGUCUCCGUGGUGCUGCCGGCCGGCGUCAUCAACCCCGCCGUCCCGAUCAGGAAUAUCCAAAUGAAAUUCGCCGUACUGGUGGGCCUCAUCCAGGUUGGCGAGGUGAGCAACCGGGACAUCGUGGAGACUGUUCUCAACCUGCUGGUGGGCGGCGAAUUCGACCUGGAGAUGAACUUCAUCAUCCAGGAGGCGGAGAGCAUCGGCUGCAUGGUGGAGCUGCUGUCACACUGUGAGGUGACGUGCCAGGCGGAGAUUUGGAGCAUGUUUACCGCCAUUCUGCGCAAGAGCGUGCGCAACUUGCAGACCAGCACGGAGGUGGGCCUCAUCCAGCAGGUGCUGCUGAAGAUGAGCACAGUGGAUGACAUGAUCGCAGACCUACUGGUGGACAUGUUGGGCGUAAUGGCCAGUUAUAGCAUCACAGUCAAGGAGCUAAAGUUGCUCUUCAGCAUGCUGAGAGGCGACAACGGCAUCUGGCCCAGACACGCCAUCAAGUUGUUGUCGGUGUUGAAUCAGAUGCCUCAGCGUCACGGCCCCGACACCUUCUUCAAUUUUCCCGGACGCAGCGCGGCGGCCAUCGCUUUGCCGCCCAUCGCCAAGUGGCCCUACCAAAACGGCUUCACCAUCAACACGUGGUUCCGACAGGAUCCGCUCAACAACAUCAACGUGGACAAAGACAAGCCGUACCUUUACUGCUUCCGCACCAGUAAAGGAAUCGGCUACUCGGCGCACUUUGUUGGCAACUGUCUGAUCGUGACAUCCCUCAAGUCCAAAGGAAAAGGUUUCCAACACUGCGUCAAAUACGACUUCCAGCCGCGAAAGUGGUACAUGAUCAGCAUCGUGCACAUCUACAACCGCUGGAGGAACUCCGAGAUCCGCUGCUAUGUUAACGGGCAGCUGGUUUCCUACGGCGACAUGGCCUGGCACGUCAACACCAACGACAGCUACGACAAAUGCUUCCUAGGCUCCUCGGAGACGGCCGACGCCAACCGAGUGUUCUGCGGCCAGCUCGGCGCCAUCUACGUCUUCGGCGAGGCGCUCAACCCCGCUCAGAUCUUUGCCAUACACCAGCUCGGACCCGGAUACAAGAGCACGUUCAAGUUCAAGUCCGAGAGCGACAUCCACCUGGCCGAGCACCACAAGCAGGUCCUGUACGACGGCAAACUGGCCAGCUCCAUCUCCUUCACGUAUAACGCCAAAGCCACCGACGCGCAGCUCUGCCUGGAGUCCUCGCCGCGAGAGAACGCCUCCAUCUUUGUGCACUCGCCGCACGCCCUCAUGCUGCAGGACGUAAAGGCCAUCGUGACGCACUCCAUCCACAGCGCCAUCCACUCCAUCGGCGGCAUCCAGGUCCUCUUUCCGCUCUUCGCCCAGCUGGACUACAAGCAUCUCAACGACGCCGCGGUGGACACCACCGUGUGCGCCACGCUGCUCGCCUUCCUGGUGGAGCUGCUCAAGAGCUCGGUGGCCAUGCAGGAGCAGAUGCUGGGUGGCAAGGGCUUCCUGGUUAUCGGAUACCUGCUGGAGAAGUCGUCCAGGAUCCACAUCACCCGUGCGGUCCUGGAACAGUUUUUGUCCUUUGCCAAGUACCUAGACGGUUUGCCCCACGGGGCGCCGCUCCUCAAGCAGCUGUGCGACCACGUCCUGUUCAACGCUGCCAUCUGGAUACACACGCCUGCCAAGGUCCAGCUGUCUCUGUACACGUACCUGUCAUCAGAGUUCAUCGGCACGGCGACCAUCUACUCCACCAUCCGCCGCGUGGGCACCGUGCUGCAGCUCAUGCACACACUCAAGUACUACUACUGGGCCGUCAAUCCGCUAGACUGCAGCGCCAUCGCACCCAAAGGCCUCGAGGGACCUCGGCCGUCUCAAAAGGAGAUCAUCUCUCUGCGGGCCUUCAUGCUGCUCUUCCUCAAGCAGCUCAUACUUAAGGAUCGGGGUGUCAAGGAAGACGAACUACAGAGUAUUCUCAACUACUUGUUGACCAUGCACGAGGAUGAGAAUAUCCAUGACGUGUUGCAGCUGUUGGUGGCGCUCAUGUCUGAGCAUCCGGCCUCUAUGAUUCCCGCCUUCGACCAGAGGAAUGGGAUAAGGGUGAUCUGCAAGCUGCUGGCCUCCAAGAGCGAGAGCAUUCGAGUGCAGGCCCUCAAAGUACUCGGAUACUUUCUGAAGCACCUUGGUCACAAGAGGAAAGUGGAGAUCAUGCACACUCACAGUCUUUUCACACUGCUCGGUGAGCGUCUGAUGAUGCACACCAACACCGUGUCCGUCACCACCUACAACACGCUCUAUGAGAUCUUGACGGAGCAGGUGUGCACCCAGGUGGUCCACAAGCCGCACCCAGAACCGGACUCCACCAUCAAGAUUCAGAAUCCCAUGAUCCUGAAAGUUGUUGCCACUCUGCUGAAGAAUUCGUCUCCCAGCACCGAGCUGAUGGAAGUCAGGAGACUUUUCCUGUCUGACAUGAUCAAACUCUUCAGCAACAGCAGAGAAAACAGACGCUGCUUGCUGCAGUGCUCGGUGUGGCAGGACUGGAUGUUCUCGCUGGGCUACAUCAACCCCAAGAAUCCUGAGGAGCAGAAGAUCACCGAGAUGGUCUACAACAUCUUCAGAAUCUUGCUCUACCACGCCAUCAAAUACGAGUGGGGCGGCUGGAGGGUCUGGGUGGACACGCUCUCCAUAGCGCACUCCAAGGUGACGUAUGAGGCCCACAAGGAGUACCUGGCCAAGAUGUACGAGGAGUACCAGCGUCAGGAGGAGGAGAACAUGAAGAAAGGCAAGAAAGGCUCUGUGUCCACUAUCUCGGGCCUCUCCGCCUCGCCGGCGCCCGUCGUCAAUGGCAACCUGGAGAUGGACGACACCUCUCAGACGCCCGAGAGCGAGGCCGAGUACGGCGAGGGAGGAGGCAGCGGGGCCGGGAGUGACUCAUCUCGCAACCUGCUGGCGGACGGGGCCGUCAAGCGCGGUGACGCUGAGCAGGGAGCCGGCGUGAGGGUGGAGGUCCACGACCUGCUGGUGGACAUCAAAGCCGAGAAGGUGGAGGCCACUGAAGUAAAGCUGGAUGACUUGGACUUGAGUCCCGAAGGGCUCGGUGGGAGCGGCGGGACAGGCAGCAGUGGGUCCAUGGAGAACGGACCACUGGUGGAGGUGGACUCGCUCCUGGACAGUGCCUACUGUGCCGUGGUACAGAAUCUCAACGGCACCUUGGUACCCAAAGACGAUGGAGCCAUUGCAGCGGCGGUCCGUGUACCGCCCGGUUUGGGCCUCUCGGGUGUCACCUUGGAGGACGACGGCAUCAUGGGCCCCCUCAUCACGCUGGCUGACGAAAAAGACAGCGUACCCAGCAACAACGGAUUCCUCUUCAGCAAGGUUGACGAGAAGCUCCUCCCUGCUCUGGCGGCCACCGACGCCCUGGUCCUACCCGGUCCCGAUCAGCCCGCCACUCCCGGCGGCACCAGCGCCAGUGAUGACCUCAGCCUGCUGGCCCACAUGACCACCUGCAGCUCGGCCGGCGAUCUCCCGGAGGACGGGCCCUUCAAGAUCCAGAGCCCACUGGCCGACAUCAGCUCCAUCACAGAGGCCCGGAACCAGGCGGUGUCUCGGCCCGACUUCCCUGAGGCGGACGGGGCCGCAGGCACCGACGGCGAGGCGGCAGCUCUCAAGACGGGAGCAGGGGGAGACACGGUCAGCGUCACGUCUGAUACCGAGAGGUCUGAUGACGGCAAAGAGAAGAAGAUAUCAACCACUGCAACCACCCAGGCUCUGCAUGGUCGCAGCGCCUCCCAGCUGGAGCGAGACCUCCGCGUGGAUCUGGGCUUCAGGGGGAUGCCCAUGACGGAAGAGCAGAGGCGGCAGUUCAGCCCCGGGCCACGUACAACCAUGUUCCGCAUCCCGGAGUUCAAGUGGUCGCCCAUGCACCAGAGGCUGCUCACUGACCUUCUAUUUGCCCUGGAGACCGAUGUGCACGUGUGGAGAAGCCACUCCACCAAGUCGGUAAUGGACUUUGUCAACAGCAACGAGAACAUCAUCUUCGUACACAACACCAUCCACCUCAUAUCCCAGAUGGUGGACAAUAUCAUCAUCGCCUGCGGGGGCAUCCUGCCGCUCUUAUCCGCUGCCACCUCUCCCUCCACUUCUAAGAGUAGUGCCAGCAGUAGGAGAACGGGGACGGCUGUGAAGGGUGAGGAGGUGACCCCUGUCCCGGGGGGAGGAUGCGAGGGGAUUGAGACGGAGCUGGAGAACAUCGAGGCGACGCAGGGCAUGUCGUCGGAGACGGCCGUCACCUUCCUGUCGCGGCUGAUGGCCAUGGUGGACGUGCUGGUGUUCGCCAGCUCGCUCAACUUCAGCGAGAUCGAAGCCGAGAAGAACAUGUCCUCCGGCGGCCUCAUGAGGCAGUGCCUCCGAUUGGUGUGCUGCAUGGCGGUGAGGAACUGUUUGGAGUGUCGUCAGAGGCAGCGGGAUCGCAACUGCAAGUCCUCUUUAACCAGCAGCAAGUCGCACGACAGCCUGCACGCCGCCGCCGCCAGCAAGCAGGACCCGGACCGUCUCCUACAGGACGUGGACAUCAACCGUCUGCGUGCGGUGGUUUUUAGAGACGUGGACGACAGCAAGCAGGCUCAGUUCCUGGCUCUGGCUGUGGUCUACUUCAUCUCGGUGCUGAUGGUGUCCAAGUACCGAGACAUCCUGGAGCCUCAGCGGGAGAUCAGCAGGUCCACCAGCCUGUCGGGACGCAGCAUCCGACACGAGAUCAACUCACCCACCAGCACGGAGCACCCAUCCUCGACCUUCUCCGACAAGCAGACGGCCACCCCCGCGGACGACUCCCCGCGCGCCGGCCUGCCCCACACGGACUCCGGCAUCGGCGAGGAAGGCCACGUGGGCGGAUCCCUCAACGGCUCCGAGAUGGGCCUGGGACUCGGUCUGGGCCUGGUGGGGCGGGAGACCGACAGGGACCGCGACACGGGCGGCGGCCAGGCCGACCUGCUGUGUAGUCUGUCGGACGUCAGGAGGUCGCAGGAGAGCCUUCUCGACUCCCCCCGCAACCCCAACGCCGGACAGGCGCCUCCUUCGUCCAUUUCCAGCAUCAGCCAGACCAAUAAAGGCAUCAACGUUAAGGAGAUCUUGAAGAGCCUGGUGGCCGCUCCGUUGGAUGGCGGCGAUUCGGGCCAAGAGUCCGGCCCGACGCCAUACCACCCCGAUCCCGCCCUGAAGACCCACCCCAUGCUGCCCAUGCAGUUCCACUCCUUUGAUAGGAGCGUCGUGGUUCCGGUGAAGAAGCCGCCGCCCGGCAGCCUCUCCGUCAAUACGGUGGGCACGCCCACCACCGGGGGCGCCGCCAGCGCCGGCAGCACGCCGAACAUCUUCGCCGCCGCCACGGCGACGCCCAAGAGCAUGAUCAACACCACGGGCGCCGCAGACUCUGCGUCGUCCUCAUCGUCUUCGUCGUCGUCGUUUGUGAAUGGCGCCACCAGCAAGAAUCUGCCCGCCGUCCAGACGGUGGCGCCCAUGCCCGAAGACACCGUGGAGAACAUGAGUGCCUAUUGUGAGGUGGCGCAGUGUGCGUUGCGCAGCGGUCAGACGCCCCCUGAGCUCAAGUCUUUUAGCUCUCUGGCAGGCUUCCAGGCAGCCCCUCGAGAUGCAGGACAGUGUUUUAGCAUCACCACCAAGCUGGAACGAGCCCUGGAGAAGGUGGCGCCGCUUCUGAGGGAAAUUUUUGUGGACUUUGCGCCCUUCCUGUCGCGCACGCUGCUGGGGAGUCAUGGGCAGGAGCUGCUCAUUGAAGGUACAGGUCUGGUGUGUAUGAAGUCGAGCACGUCGGUGGUGGAGCUCGUCAUGCUGCUCUGCUCUCAGGAAUGGCAAAAUUCCAUCCAGAAGAACGCAGGACUGGCUUUCAUUGAGCUGAUCAAUGAAGGAAGACUUCUAUGUCACGCCAUGAAGGAUCACAUCGUGCGCGUGGCCAACGAGGCCGAGUUUAUCUUGAACCGCCAGCGAGCCGAAGACGUGCACAAGCACGCGGAGUUUGAGUCGAACUGCGCCCAGUACGCCGCCGAUCGUCGCGAGGAGGAGAAGAUGUGCGACCACCUGAUCAGCGCCGCCAAACACCGAGACCACGUGACCGCCAACCAGCUGAAGCAGAAGAUCCUCAACAUCCUGACCAAUAAGCACGGAGCUUGGGGCGCCAUGUCGCAGAGCCAAUUGCACGACUUCUGGCGUCUGGACUAUUGGGAGGAUGACUUGCGCAGGAGGCGGAGAUUUGUGAGAAACGCCUUCGGUUCCACGCAUGCCGACGUGGCGCUCAAAUGUCUCGAUGACUACGGCACGGAGGAAGAGGAGGAUGGCGUCAAGUCCAAGAAGAGCUUCCGCAGCCAAUCGGUGGUGGCGCAGAACCCGGAGGCCGAAUUGAUGCUGGAGGGUGACGACGACGCUGUCAGCCUACUGCAGGAGAAAGAGAUCGACAACCUGGCAGUGCCUUUCCGACCCCGACUUUUUACUUCCAGAGGCCCAGUGGUGCUGAGCACGCCGGCCCAGCUGGUGGCGCCGGUGGUGGUGGCCCGCGGAACGCUUUCCAUCACCACCACGGAGAUCUACUUCGAGGUGGACGAGGACGACCCCGCCUUCAAGAAGGCUGACGCCAAGGUGCUGGCCUACUCGGAGGGUCUGCACGGCAAGUGGAUGUUCAGCGAGAUCCGAGCCGUGUUUUCCCGACGCUACUUGCUGCACAACACGGGUCUGGAGGUCUUCAUGGCCAACAGAACAUCGGUGAUGUUCAACUUUCCCGACCAGGCCACAGUCAAGCGGGUAAUCUACAGCCUCCCCCGGGUGGGCGUCGGAACUAGUUACGGUCUGCCUCAAGCCAGGCGGAUCUCGUUGGCCACGCCGCGUCAGCUCUUCAAGUCGUCCAACAUGACGCAGCGUUGGCAGCGCAGGGAGAUCUCCAACUUUGAGUACCUCAUGUUCCUCAACACCAUUGCAGGGAGGACGUACAACGACCUGAACCAGUACCCCGUCUUCCCCUGGGUGCUGACCAAUUACGACUCAGAGGAGCUGGAUCUCACCUUGCCCGGCAACUUCCGAGAUCUUUCCAAGCCCAUCGGUGCUCUGAACCCCAAGCGGGCCGCGUUCUACGCCGAGCGCUACGAGACGUGGGAUGACGACAGCUCGCCCCCUGACCACUACGCCACCCUCUACUCCACGGCGCACUCAACCCUCAUGUGGAUGCUCAGAAUAGAGCCGUUCACCACCUUCUUCAUCAACGCCAACGACGGCAAGUUCGACCACGCCGACCGCACCUUCUCGGGCAUCGGCCGUUCGUGGAGGAACUGCCAGAGGGACACGGCGGACGUGACCGAGCUGAUACCCGAGUUUUACUACCUGCCCGAGAUGUUCGUCAACAGCAACGAGUACGAGCUGGGCGUGCGCGACGACGGGCUGCCCGUCUGCGACGUGGAGUUGCCCGUCUGGGCCAAGAAGCCCGAAGAUUUUGUGCGCAUCAACCGCAUGGCGCUGGAGAGUGAGUUCGUGUCGUGCCAGCUCCACCAAUGGAUCGACCUGAUCUUCGGAUACAAGCAGCGGGGCCCCGAGGCCGUGCGGGCGCUCAACGUCUUCAACUUCCUGUCCUACGAGGGGGCCGUCAACCUGGACGUCCUGGACGCAGCGCAACGGGAGGUGAUGGAGGCGCAGAUUCAGGCGUGCGGGCAGAUCCCGUCGCAGCUGUUGAUCGAGCCGCACCCACCUCGAUCCUCUGCCAUGCACCUGUGUUUCCUUCCUCAGAGUCCUCUGAUGUUUAAGGAUCAGAUGCAGCAGGACGUGAUCAUGGUGCUCAAGUUCCCGUCCAACUCUCCCGUCACCCACGUGGCGGCCAACACGCUGCCUCACCUCAGCAUCCCCGCCGCCGUCACGGUCACGUGCAGCCGCCUCUUUGCCGUCAACCGCUGGCACAAUACCGUCGGCCUGCGAGGCGCGCCGGGAUAUUCCCUGGAACAGGCGCACCACCUUCCCAUCGAGAUGGACCCUCUCAUAGCCAACAACUCCGGCACCAACAAGCGUCAGAUCACGGACCUGGUGGACCAGAGCAUCCAGAUCAACACGCACUGCUUCGUGGUGACGGCCGACAACCGUUACAUCCUGGUGUGCGGCUUCUGGGACAAGAGCUUCCGCGUCUACUCCACCGAGACCGGGAAACUGACUCAGAUCGUGUUCGGCCACUGGGACGUUGUGACGUGUCUGGCCCGGUCCGAGUCCUACAUCGGGGGAGACUGUUACAUCGUGUCGGGUUCCCGGGACGCCACUCUUCUUCUGUGGUACUGGAGCGGGCGGCACCACAUUAUCGGGGACAACCCCAACAACAGUGACUAUCCCGCCCCCCGGGCCGUCCUGACGGGACACGACCACGAGGUGGUGUGCGUGUCUGUCUGCGCCGAGCUGGGAUUGGUCAUCAGCGGGGCCAAAGAGGGUCCGUGCCUGGUCCACACCAUCACGGGGGACCUCCUGAGGGCCCUGGAGGGUCCCGAGCUGUGCCGGCAGCCUCGUCUGAUCUCGGUGUCCAGCGAAGGCCACUGCAUUAUCUACUACGAUCGAGGGCGCUUUUGCAACUUCAGCAUCAACGGCAAGCUCCUGGCUCAGAUGGAAGUCAACGACUCCACGCGGGCCAUCCUGCUGAGCAGCGACGGGCAAAAUCUGGUGACGGGCGGCGACAACGGCGUGGUGGAGGUGUGGCAGGCUUGCGAUUUCAAGCAGCUCUACAUCUACCCGGGAUGCGACGCCGGCAUCCGCGCCAUGGACCUGUCGCACGACCAGAGAACGUUAAUCACCGGGAUGGCGUCUGGCAGCAUUGUGGCGUUCAACAUCGACUUCAACCGCUGGCACUACGAGCAUCAGAACCGCUACUGAGGCCGCGGCAAAGCGACACUCCAGGUACACAAGAAGACUUGAUGUCCUGGUUCCGUAGACGGGACUCUGUCUACUGUCUCACACACACACACACACACACACACACACACACACACCCGAGCCCAAAGACAACGACACCCAUCGGAGUGCGGAUUGGUCGCUGGUGCUGGCGGGUCAGGUUCUGGGUUUGGGGGGGGUUCUGCUUUAAUGCUUCAGUGAGCCGAACACACGGAGACGAUGCGCCUUUCGGUUCCUUUUACGAUUUGGAUUCUUUUACUUAAAUGGAAAUACAACUCUGCCUCUCUUUUUUUUUUUUUUGGGGUGUGUGCGUCCUUUCGUUUUUGUUGUUAUCUGAAACAUAUGUAAUAACAUGUAAUAACAUGUAAUAACAAGAACGGCGACCAUGACGACAAUGGUAAGAAAGUCAAAGAUGGUAAUUGUUUUUGCCGGAGAUGUGACUGAAGACCCCCACCCCUCCCAUGCACACAAACACUUCUGAUUUCAACUUCGCCCCCCCCCUCAACAGUGGUCGUCAUGUCAAAUAUGUACAUAAUUUUAUUUUUUUUUCCAGGCUCACAUUAUUUAAAAUCCUUCUUAGUUUGUUUUCUAUUUGCACUUUGCAGCAAUCACACAUCAUUAUUUAUGUUGAGGCUUUUGUUUCUUAUUGCCUUUUCACGGGGGGGGCUUUAAUUGUUAUGAUUGCGAUGACUCUUACGAUGGGCCGGAUUCUUUCUGUUCCUUCUCGUCCGGGGCCGGCGGGAUGAAUUCUUUGUGCAUCGAUGUUUGUAUUUAAACGCUCACAUGUGAAGACUUUACAGCAAUAUGACAACGAGCGUGCGUACGACCGGCGUUGGACGCACAUACACGUAACUCUAGCUACACACACACACACACACACACACACACAUAUCCAAAAACCGACAAAGGAAGAAAAAAAAAAAGUUGAAAUAUUUUUGGAUCUAUGAAACCCUUAAAAACUAUUGUAUUCAUGUUUUAUUGCAAAGAUGUAAAAUAUGACAUGUGUGAGUUGGGGGAAAAAAAAAUCAUAAGAAAAAUAAAUUAUGCAAAGAA